AGAGCAGUGCUGUUCAAACAUUCUGAGCCACGGCACACCUUGAUACUAGUCCAUUUCCAAAAUCGCACAAGGCGUGUGGUGCGUUGCAUUUUCAAAAAAAUUCUACUGCACACAAGUGUGCCGCGGAACAAAGUUUGGACAACACUGCUUUAGAGGCUGGUUUCUAAGACUCCCUGUGAUAGAAAACCCACCAAAAGGAAUGAAAUAAUUUAAAACCAUAAAAGAGUUUCCCAGCUUGCUCCUCAGAUCGGUAAAGGUACCGUGAAACCAAUUGUGUCAAUUUCAGCUUCAAUUUCGUGUUUCAAGAACAAUUAAAAGUCAACUGACUAGCACAGAACUUAUGAAUCAAUUGAGAAUGUUAUUAUUAUUUUUUUUACAGAUAACACGAUUUCCGUUGACUAAUAUUGUAGGCAUGUUGGUGAACAUGAAUGCAAAGAGAACGAAUGUGAUGAACUAAGAGAAAUGGAUGAGUGUUUACAGCCAGCUGACGACUUUGAGAUAAAAAUUUGUUACACUCAGUUGUAGCAUUUAAGCAUAAUUUGAUCUCGAAAGUAUUUACUUGUUUUAAUUGCUGUGAAUUAGGUCUUAUAGAGAAAUGGUCCCGCUGAAUUCAGUACUUUUGUUAAUGUCGCUUUUAAAUGCAGCAAAUGUUCAAACCACCGAACUCAAAUGCUCGAUUGCUUCGAAAAACUUUAAAGUCAUUGGAAACGUCACAAUUUGCAAUGUUAUUAAUAAAGUAAAAAUCAAUUCUGAGAAUGAAGUUGCAGUAUUUCCUGAUCAAAAUGACACCACAGCACAAGGAGUGCUGAUUGAAAACCAGGAAGUUCUAUACUUGCCUCAUUUUUAUGGAACUAUGAUGACAAACUUUAGAGUUUUGGGUGUGGUGAAUUCAAAAUUGCAGAAAAUCUCAUCAUUGUCACUGUUGGGCAUGAGAUCAUUAGAAUAUUUAGACGUUAGCAUGAACGAGAUUGAGUACAUACCUGGAAACUUAUUUCAAUUUAGUUCAGCAAUUAAAGUUGCGAUUUUUGAUCAGAACAACAUUAAAGCUAUCGGGACGAAUGCAUUCAAGACUCUACAGUAUUUAGGACUGCAAAAUGUGACUUGUUACUCUGGAACAGCACAGGCUGAAGUAGCCAUAAGUGCCACAAUCAAGGAAGUUAAGCAAAAAUGUUUGAGCUUUUCUGAAGAUUACUUUAGUAAUGAUUUUAUUAGAAUCGAAGGUUUAGGGGCACUUAAAGAUAACUACGAUCAACUCCACAACGACAUCAAAACUAUUAAAAUCCUAACCUCAAUAAUCCUAGCAAUCAUCCUCCUUGCUGCUCUCAUCUUCAUCCUUUACCUUCUUCGUACGGAAAUUCAUAAAGGGUUCUUAGCAAUCUACGAGAAAAUCUGGACACGCAACAACGACACUGAAAUAAUUAUCGAGGAAACAUCAAGCAUCAACUAUGCAUCAUGUAUACAGAUUAAUGAGACAUUCUCUGAGUCAAUAAAUAACAUAGAAACAUCAGCAAUUUAUGACAGUGUUUAUGUUGAAUCAGCUGCUGUUGAGGAUGAGAAGGUUAAGGUUAUUGGGAUUAGGAAUAUUACACCUAAUUCUACAAACUAUGCCAGUGUUGAGGAGACUCUGACUCAUUUGGAUCAGGAAUCGAUUAAAUUGGAAACCAAAACUUUAGAAAAUGGGAUUAUUUGGGAAAAAUCUAAGUUAUUUGAGGACAAAUCUGAUGAAAACUUGACCUUAGAGGUUCCUGAAAGAAAUCUCCAAAAUCAGCAAAGUCACAAGCUGGGUAGCGAAUCUACCAACGCAAUGUAUGAGCAUGAAUCACUUUAUCGGGGUAAUGUCACUGAAAUUCCUCAAAAUCAAUCAAAUCUUGCUCAAAAAUCAAAAUAUUUAAUUAAGUCUGAGCAAAAUGCUACACAAAAUCUAUCAAAUUCAGAGCAUGUAUCAUCAACUCUACCUAGUUCUGAUAUGACGUCACAAGCUUCAACUUCAAUUACAUCAACUCCAGUUCAAGAGUCAUCAAAUUUGAUCAAUUCUGAACAGAACUCUUUAAUAACACGAUUUUAUGACAUGCCAUCAAGACCAAUCCUGAAUCUAGAUCAAAACGCUUCAAACUCUACUCAAGCUUCAUCAAGCUCAGAUCAUAGUUCAACUGUUUCUGACACCAAAACCCUAACAAGGCAAUAUUCCAACUCAUCAAUCACAGACCAAAAAUCCCAAAAAUCAUCUUACAAAACAAAAAUCCCACAAAGCAUGAAUCCAAAAGCAUUGAAUCUGGCAAACAUUGAUGAGAAGAUUACACAUUUUGAACAAACGUCACCGGUGUUUGCUGAUGUGGCUCAAAAAUUAAUGAACUCAUCAGUUGGUGGUGAAAAGGCAGUGAAUCAUUUUGGUUUUCGUUCGCUGACUUAUGCUGAUGUUGGUCAGAAGACUGCAGGUCCAACUGAUUCAUCUCUUAAGCCUCAAAACAUCAAUUCAAUAGACCCAAAGUCACCGAAUGUUAAGGACUUAGCUAAAAAGUUCUCAAAUAUGGAAAAUUCUGGGCCAACAUCACCAAUAGAAAACACAAAUCCAUUUCUACAACAGUCGGAAGCAUCGAAUGAGAAUGACGACUAUGCUGAACCUUUCUAUCGAACGACUAAAGAAGCUGAAGAGCAAAAUGCCAGUGAAUAUGCGGAACCUUAUCAGUCAAAGGAUAUCUGAGUGAAGUUUUGAUUUAAAAGAGUUGUAAAAUGUAUUAUUUGUUGAUUAUCAAUUGCUGAUUGAGGUAUUUAGAUUGAUGUAUUGAAAAGAAGAGAAGCUAGAAGUUGUUAAGAGGGUUUUAAAUUUUUCGGAACCUCACGCCAACCCAAUUCUAACCUAACCCUAACCUAACCUUAAUCUUAACCUAACCUAACCCAAACCUGACCUUAACCUAACCCUAACCUAACCCAAACCUCACCCUAACCUAACCUUAACCUAAUCCUAACCUAACUCAAACCAGCUCUAAUCUAACCCAACUGAAAUUGUUGGUUUCUACUUUUAAACAAUUAUAGCUUCACAUUCAUAUUAAACAUGCAAUAAUUUUGCAUCUAUCAAUUUAUAUAAAAGAAAUAAAGAUUCUCGAAUUCUUAGUUUAACUUCCAAC